AAGUGAGAUUCAUUUCCACAGAAGACAGCAACCAACAUGAAAAUCAUCUUUUCUGGAAUGACGGAUGCUAAAAUGGGAAGCCUGGCAUUCUGAUAUCCUGAACACGAUCAGACUGAGGUCAUCCACUCAAAGAGCAGCAUGUAUGAGCCCGACUAUCAGGAAAAAGUCAUCUAUUCUUUAAUCAUUUUAAUCUGCAUUCCAGGGAUUAUUGGAAAUGGAAUUAUCAUCCGACUUUUGGGUUUCAAGAUUAAAAGGAAUUCUUUCACUGUCUAUAUCCUCAAUUUGGCUGUGGCUGACAGUGGGACUCUCAUAUUCCUCUUUCUGAUAGGAAUCCUGCACUUGAUUAAGAGUUUCCCCCCACUAAUAAUAACAGAAUGUUUCAUAUCCACUUACUGCACUGGUCAAUUUCUUCUAACUAUCAUCAGCGUUGACCGAUGUUUGGCUCUCUUCUUCCCAAUUUGGUAUCGCUGCCAUCAGCCUCCAUACUUGUCCACCAUACUCUGUGCCUUUUCAUGGCUGGUCUCUUUGCUCCUCUGUGUAAUUCAUUAUGUUUUGUUGGGGGUUAAACUGACGAAAAACUUCCCCUCAUUCUACCACAUUCUCAUCUGUACUUCCAUUUGCAUCCCACUUAUGGUGGUCUCCAGCCUGGCCCUUUUCAUCAAAGGCUACCUUAAAUCACAGAUGCAGAAGCGUGGAAAACUUCUCAAAGUCAUCUUGCUUGCCCUGUUUUUCUUCCUCAUCUUUUCUAUUCCACCCAGUGCCAUUUAUCUCAAUGAUGUUCUUUUCAAGCAUAAGUUUGCCAAUUUAAUUACCUAUGGCUACCUAUGUGCCUGUCUUAACAGCAGUGUUAACCCACUGAUCUAUUUUCUACUGGGGAGGAAGAAGGAACAUCAUUCUACGUACAACUUAAACACUAUCCUUCAGAGGGUUUUCAAGGAGGAAGAAGAGAAUGAAAAGCAGGCAGAGGUCCAGGUUGAUAUCCAGUCAUGAUGUACUCACGAGAGUGGGGGAAAAAAAUCCAUAUUUCUAUACUGCCCUGCCAGAACCUGAUAAUUAAUUCAGAGAAAUCUCCUCUGGCAAAUCCAGGAUUGCCAAAAAUGUAACACCAAGGAGAUUAGGAAAAUAGUUUGUCAUUUAUUCAGUCAUAACCGUGAUUUUCAAGUCAUUUUGAGCAGAUCCUGUUGAGAUGAGUUGAUGAAAUAACUCAUGGGUGAAAGAGGGUUAAACUUUUCUUCAAUCUCAGUAAUCAAUUAUGAGAAGCUAAAUGAAUGGUUUUCCUUAUUUUCAGAUUUCUGCACCUAAUGUUUGUUCAUCUGCAGGCAUAAAUCAAAAUGCUCCCAAAACUCUUUCAGCUGCUUUGAGGCUCCUAGCUAUUUUACCCUCACCGUCAGUUAUUCAGUAAAGUUCAUUUACUAGUGAGAAUUAUUGAUUGGUGAUUCUGAAAACGUAAUUCUGUGUUAGCAUCCAUCCAAUAUAUAUAUGUAUGUACUGUAUAUGUAUGUGUGUGUGUAUUCAUUAAUAUGUCUUGCAUGUUUAAAUAUAUUGCACAAUGGAUUUUAAUGAUACGGAUUUUAAUUUUGCUUUAAUUAAAAUUGUAGCCAUCUCUUCUUGUGGUUUAUACUUCCCAUUUUUAUCUGUUGUUAGAUUGAAUGUUGUCAGAAAGGAAAGAU